CUCUGUCACCCUUUUUCAUUCAAUCAAUCCCCUUUCACAUUCACUGAUUCACAUCUCUCUCCAAAGAAAGAAAGAAAGAAAAAAAAUUCAGAUCCAAUCAAGACCUCCUUAAAUCCUGGCAAGGUCUGAUUAGUGAUCAGCAGCACUUCUUGGAGGACAGCAAUGGCUCCACCACUCUCUGCAGGCAGCUGCAGAGGUUUGAUUAAGGUACUGUCAGUACUCCUCCUUUUGCUAGCUUUUGCUCAGGCCCAUUAUUCCCAUAGUAGGCCUAGAAGAAUGUUGCAGGUUGAUGAUGAAGAUCAAGAUCAUCAUCAUCAUCCACCCAUGAAGAAGAUCAUGAAGGACAGUAACAGUGACACUAGCAGCAGCAGCAGCACUUCACUCUCCACCAAGAACAAAACCAAGCUCCUCAAGUCAACCAUUGCCAAGAACCAAACUUCUAAAGUUCUCAAGUCUGGGUUUGGUAUUGUCUCCCCAAAAAACCAGACCAAACUAAAGAUUUCUUCUUCUUCUUCUUCUUCUUCUUCUUCUUACCCAGUUUCAAUCUCCUCCUCCAAGAACAAGACCAAGCUUUCCAAACCCAUUUCAGAAUCUGUCAUUACAAACAAAGUCUCCUCCUCUAAGAACAAGACCAAGCUUUUGAAACCCAAUUCAGAAUCUGUUAUUACAAACAAAAUCUCCUCCUCUAAGAACAAGACCAAGCUUCUGAAACCCAUUUCAGAAUCUGUCACUAUAAACAAAAUCUCUUCCUCUAAGAACAAGACCAAGCUUAUCAAGCCCAUUUCUAUGAAACCCUCAAAAAAUUCAACGAAAACCAGCACCAAGUCCUCAGAUCUACCCAAUCCCACCCCGCCGCCGUCCCAAAACCGAACCAAAUCUCAGGUAGAAAAAAAGGGUUCAUCAAAAACCUCCGAAUCCAAAUCCGGAUCGAGCAAAAACGUGCCAAAACCGUUCUGGAUCGACGACGGAGAGGACGACGAUUUGAUCGCCGAGUUCAGAGACAUGCCGUCCAAAUUCCAGCAAACGCUGUUGCCAGAUCUGGAACGGAUCUCGAGAACAUCAAAAGUCUACAUGAACAAGGCGAACAGAGAAAUCACGAACAAUUUCAAACCGAUCGUCGGCAACAAAUACGCGCCCGCCGUGGCGUCGAUCAUUUCCUUGGCGUUCAUUCUCAUCCCGUUGAUCCUCGUUUCUCUGAUCUUCAACCGAUUCAAAGCCUACUUCUCCCUGCAGAAGCUCCUGAUCUUCGUCCAGAUCUACCUCUCCAUAUACUUCUCGAUCCUCUGCCUCUCCUCGCUCGUCACGGGCCUGGAGCCGCUCCGGUUCUUCUACGCCACAUCGCAGUCCACCUACAUCUGCAUACAGCUCCUCCAGACGCUCGCUUACGUCCUGUACCUUCUGCUCUUGCUCAUGUACAUGGCGCUCGUCUUCUCCACUGAAACCGGGCCGGCCUCCAAGCUCAUAGGCCUGGUCCAGACGCUCGUGGGCUUCACGGUUGGGCUGCAUUACUACAUGGCGGUUUUCCAUCGGGCCGUGCUGCGCCAGCCGCCCAAGACGAGCUGGAGGGUCCACGGAAUCUACGCCGCUUGUUUUCUGGCCAUUUCUCUGUUGACUCAAGCUGAGAGGAGGAAGAAGGCUUAUGUGGAAGAGGGUGGAGGUGAUGGGAAAAAGAGCUGAAAAAAGAAAGAGAGAAAAAAGAAGUGUAAGUUUAAUUUAUUGAUAUAUUUACCUUUCCACAAAUGUAAUUUAUUACACAAGUAUUUUGUAUUGUUAGUAUUAUUGUUAUUCCAUACUUGUAAGCAUUUGGAUACCAAUUGUUGGGGAAAAACAAGAAUAAAGAUUGUGUUGAAUG